GGGAUACUAACAAUUGUAGCUCUUUUCCUCGUCGACCCAGCCAUUCCUAUCAUCAGCACGUCGAACGUGCCGCCUCAGCAGAAACACUGGUGGCCUGAUGAGCCUAAGACUGGUCCAUUGCCCGCCCCAGCAUCAGAUGAUCAGGGAUUGAUUCAGUGGGAAAUGGCUCAGGAAGAGUGGGUUGACUCCGAAGACGCUUGGUUGAAGGCUCGAGAGAGUUGGGAACAGAGCCUUAGCAGAGAUAAGUGGCCCAUUGGAAUGGAACAGGCCAAGGAGCUGAGGAAGGAGCUGAUGGCUGAAAGAACGUGGAUGAAAGAGAAGGAGGCUAAUUGGCUCAAGACCGAGUGGAACUUCUGUGAACACUAG